CUAUGUCCCCCAGGAUACUGCCGGAACGUACCCUGGAUUCAUGUGUUCGUAUUCUUUUAUACGACUGCUAAAAGAGAAGGAUGCUCUGGUUGAGCUGUUACCCUGUGCUGCAAAGCACUCCCACCCAAUGGCAGUUGCCGAGAAAGUCCCUGUCUACUAUGGUGACGUGGUGAUUUCCAAGAGCCAAAGCGAGAAGAUCAAGAAAUUUGAUGACCUGCGCGGGCACACGUGGGCGUACAAUGACUCUGAGUCUCUCAGCGGCAACAUACAGGUGCUCAAGCAGUUGAAAUCCAUGGGAGAGAAUGCCAGUUUCUUUGGUCACAUCGUGGAAACAGGCUCGCACAUAAAGUCGCUGGAGAUGAUUCUGAACAGCACCGUUGAUGGCGCAUGCAUCGAUUCCAAUGUGCUCGCUUCCUACCUCAUGAAGAAUCCGUCGAUGAAGGACAAGCUACACGUGAUCGCCUCACUCGGUCCGCUGCCAGCUUACCCCGUCGUCAUCAACAAGAACUUGCCCGAGAGCCUGAAGGUGGCGCUACGCGAUGCGCUGCAGCGCAUGCACGAGGACGAGACCGGUGGACCCCACCUCCGUCGCCACGGCGUCAGCGGCUUUGUCCCGACCGAUAUCUCCCUGUACGACUUUGAGACGAAGAUACGCCAGGAGUCGUCUGGUCUCCGCAUCGGCACGGCCUACUAUUGAUCGCGCGAGCUCUCUCCCCUCCCUGCCGACGCUCGGAAAAGGCUAUGACUAAACGGGGUGGGAAGAGAUGAACGUUAACGUAAGAU